AUGGCUGUUUCAACAUGUCAGAAGAUCACCUUCGUCUCGUGCAUCGUCCUCUGUAUGUCUUUAUUUCUACCCAAAAUGUUUUUACCCAGAGAGAAGAAAGACAAAGUGCACACGAAGGUUGGGCCAGGGCAUUUUCCUCCUAUACGACAUGGCUAUUCUUUCUCUGAAGAUUAUGUUGACUGGAACACAGAGUCUCAUUACACCAAACACUACAUCCCAGAGGUCAUUGCCAGAACCAAGAGUGUUGGCAAGCCAAAUCUUCUGGUUCAAGUCAUUCCUGUGUAUGGCUUUGGGAUCUUCCUUUACAUCAUCUACCUGUUCUUUAAGCUGACUUCCAAGGACAAACCCCACAGACAAAAGCGCAGAUUUCCCAUACUGCAACUAGAACACAUAUUUGAAGAGAUGCCUACUUGUCCGUUGCCGACCAGAACGUGUGAAAAAAUGAGAGAAAAAAGAAUAUCCAAAGUUGUUCACCCAACUGCCAGGUCACGCAGGGGGACACGGAGGCGGGAGGAGAAGAAGCUGAAGCAGUUGAGGGAGAUUACUCAAAUGAUGCGAGAGAGACAGAUGCGAGAGGGAGUCACACCAGAAGAGGAGGCCGAGGACCCCUACACUGCUGACUGGGAAGGUUAUUCAGAAGAAACCUACCCAGAGUAUGAUAUUCCCUGCCGCAGAUGCAGAUAUCUGAGCGUUAUACUAGAAGAACCAGACCAAGUUAUACUCACAGCGGAGGAGCUUGCUGAGAGAAUGGAGAAAGAGGAAGAAGAAGAAGAGCCUGCUGACAAUGACAACAAGAUAAAAGAGGAGGUUCACAGAGAAAAUUAUGAGGACAAACAAGAGAAUGACAAAAAUGAAGAUGAAAAGGAGGAAGAUGAUGAGGAUGAAGACAGUGAAGAAGACAAUGAUGAGGACGAUGACGAGGAUGACAUUGGAGAAUACCAGCCCUGUCUUCCUAAAGGUUUUGAUGAGGAUGAUGAGCAAUUGAAGUACCCAGGUGAAAGAAAACAAAAACCAAGCAGAAGACGACAAAUCACCUUCAGCGAUCACAGACAUGUCUUCCAUUAUCCAAAAGGUGGAGCUGUAGGCUGCAAGUAUGAGGAGGAAGAGGAGGAGGAACAUGAUGAAGAAGAAGAAGAGGAUGAAGAGGAAGAAAAUGGGGAUGAAGACUAUGAAGAUCCGGAAAAUGAAGAGGAACGGAGUGAAACAGAGGAGAAGGAAGAGGACCCGCUGAUGGAGGCUGAGAGUCUAGGUUUUAAUGAUGAUGUCGAAUGUGAUCCUGAGGAACAGGAAGUAGAUCUCAUUGACUUCCUCCAAACAUACCAACCUGAGGUAACCCUCAUGUCCAGUCAGUCACAGUCUCCCAAAACUCAGGGACGUGGAACACUUAGGAUGCGAAACAAGAAACAAAAGAUAAAAAAUUAGCCCCAUACAUUUUUUUUUAAUUAAUCUUCAGUUCUGCCCUGUG